CCCGGGGAGUAGGUGGGGGACCUGUGCUGAUACUUGCGUCCUUAAGGUUGGCCGCUGUUGUCUCUCAACCGAAUCGUUGAUCGCGCGGACGACACCCCCAUGUCGUGGACGCAGAGCGCUAAGGACGGCUGCCGCAGCCGAGCCAAGGCAUCAGCGGAUCGAGCGCGAUUCUGCUCUGCGGGGAGCCCCGACGACUGGGGCGGGGUUGGAGGAGGAGAACAGCACGGCUGCCUGGCUUGCCUGGUUGUGGCUGCUGCUGCUACCGUUGAAGCUGUCGGUUCACCGGCAGCGCCUGCCACUGGAUGGCGCUACUGCUCUGGGUGUUCAGCUGCUCGCUCUUCUCCUUGUGGAUCCUCUCGUUCAUGAGGUCCCAGGCCACCGAGGCGCGCCACGGGACGCUCGCCGUCAUGUGCGACGAGCGCGCCCGGAUCCUCCAGGACCAGGUGAAGGUGAGCAUGAACCACCUCCAGGCGCUCGCCAUCCUUGUCUCCACCUUCCACCACUCCAAGAGCCCGUCCGCCAUCGACCAGACCACAUUCGCGCGGUACGUGGAGCGCACCGCGUUCGAGCGUCCGCUGACGAGCGGGCUGGCGUACGCCGCUCGGGUGACGCACUCGGAGCGGGAGCUGUUCGAGCGGCAGCAAGCGUGGAGCAUCAGAGCGAUGAACUUCUCCUCCAAACGGCCGCGGGCGGAGGAGUACGCCCCGGUCAUCUUCGCGCAGGACGCCUACAAGCACGUCGUCUCCAUCGACAUGCUCUCGGGGGCAGAAGACCGUGGAAAUCUACUGCGAGCGAGAGAAUCAGGCAAGGUUGUUCUAACUGCUCCUUUCCAGCUGCUCAAUAAACGCAUCGGAGUGGUCCUGACGUACGCAGUGUACAAGUCUGAGCUUCCCCUGAAUGCGACGGUGCAUGAUCGUAUACAGUCUUCUAUAGGAUACUUGGGUGGUGUCUUUGACAUAGAAGGACAUGUUGAUAAGUUGCUUGAAAAGCUUGCAGGCAAAGAGCCCAUGACGGUGAACAUAUACGACACUACCGGUGAGAGCAUGAUUCGUAUGUAUGGUUCUUCGAAUGAAUCAGCCAGUGGCAUGUGUCAUGUCAGCACGCUCGACUUCGGUGAUCCAUUAAGGAAGCACGAGAUGCAUUGCAGGUUCACGCAAGGGCCACCUUGGCCAUGGCUGGCAGUAGCAUCAUCGUACGGAACCCUCGUGAUUUCUUUACUUGUUGGAUACAUCUUUCAUUUUACUGACAAAUGGAUUGCCAAAGUCGAAGAUGGUUACAAGGCGACUGACAUGCAGAUGCCAGCAAAGGAUGAAUUCGCGGCCACAGAGAGGAUUUCAGAUAUGGAAAGAGAUCUGAAGGAAGAUGCUCUGUUUUUCGACACGACCAAAAGCCCCAGUCUGUUGGAGAUCUCGCGUCUGCUGAACCAUCGUGAUCCAGCUCAGAAUGUUCACCAGGAGGAGCAAGAGCUCAACCUUCCAUUGGAGGCGCAAGACAAACUGAAAGAGACUGAGAGGAAGCUGGGGAGGAUGUCCAAGUUCAUUACAAAGGUUAUGAAAUUAACUAGCGCUAGCAUUCGCUGUUUACCUUCUCGAUUUCACUGCUUCAACAAGAAGGUAUGGAGCAUUAGCCUUCUCGGAUUUUUACUCUUCAUUCUUGUCAUUGGAGCUUUUGAUCAGCCAUACAAUCAACCUUUGGGCAUGGGAGGGGAGGGUGACAAUAACAUGAUGCUGAAGAAUUUUGGGUUCUCUCGUGGAAGGUUGUUAAUUGAUACGCUCCAUGGUACAUGGACUAAACGCGGUGUGCAGAGUAGUGACACGAUCAGGGUUGAUCUCAGAAAGAUGACAAGGAAUAAUGACAGUUCUGGGCAGCAGCUCAAGCACUGGUCUUCACAUAAGUCAAGUGAGAUCCCGGCUGUCCUGUAUGUUCCGAUGAAUGGAAAGCAAGUUAUAGUCCACUGCAAUCUAAUUGUAGAUGAGAAAGCAUUGGUAAAUUGGAUAUCAAAUGGUGAUACUGAUCAGUCAAGCAAGUAUCAGAAAGAAACUGCAGGGAUACAAAACAGAACAGACAAGCCUCACCUGCCAGCAAACAAGUCACACAAAACAACAGUAAGCCCGUGGAUUGUCUUACUUCCAGUUAUCAUGCUUGUACUCCUUGGCAGUAUUAUAUGGCGCCGGUGCAACGACCAUAGGAGGAGAGUUCAACAAAAAGAGCUGGAACUUUUGGGAAUAAUGGGGCCUAGUCGAUUCCAACUACAAGAUCUGGUAGCCGCAACGGGCAAUUUCGCAGAUGAGAACAAGCUCGGGCAAGGAGGGUUUGGCCCUGUGUACAAAGGCUACUUGAGGGACCAGGACCUUCAUGUGGCCAUCAAGGUGUUGUCCAGAAGGCAAUCUUGUCAAGAACAAUCGGCGCAAGGGUUGAGGGAGUUCAAGGCAGAGGUGAAAGUCAUGACGCAACUGAGGCACAGAAACAUUGUCAAGCUUGUGGGCUGGAGCGACAGCAAGAAACAGCUCCUUCUCGUUUAUGAACUUAUGGCUCAAGGAAGCCUUGACAAGCAUCUCUACGACCCUGAGAAAAUUUUAACUUGGCAACAAAGGUACCAAAUUAAAUUUGCUAACCUGUUUAAUUCAACUGACAAGAUUGUACUUGAUCUGGGCUCUGCUUUGCUCUACCUCCACCAUGACUGCGAGAAAUGCAUUGUGCAUGGAGACAUCAAGCCUGCAAAUGUAAUGCUUGAUGUGUCACACAAUGCUAAGCUUGGUGACUUCGGGUUAGCAAGGCUUGUUGAGCAUGGGGGAGAGCCACAAACAACACAAGUUGUCGCAGGGACCCCUGGAUACAUUGACCCAGAAUUCAUCAACAACCGCUGGCCUCGCACCGAAUUGGAUGUGUACAGCUUCGGUAUUGUCCUCUUAGAGAUAGCUUGUGGCAAGCGGCCGGCAUCGAGGCAGCUGCCAAAUGGAGCUUCAUCACUGCUAGCCUGGGUGCGUGAUUUGUAUGACCAGGGCAAGAUUCUUGACGCAGCAGAUCAGAGACUGAACGGCGAGUUCAAUCAGCAGCAAAUGGAGCGUGUGAUCGUCAUGGGUCUCUGCUGUUCACAUCAAGACCCGAUCCAGCGACCGUCUAUCGUGCAAGCUAUGGAUGUUCUGUGAUCUGCAGACGCAGAGUUGCCGGUACCUCCCGCAGCACAUGAUACAGGACACAUCCGGUCCAUGCAAGAACAGGCUUAUGCCGACCUGCCAGUUGAGGAUCAUUCUGUGCAUACUGUCACCCGAAGUACGUAUUUUACUUCCAAGGAUUCAGUUUAUCUACUUGCUGAAGGAUAACGAAUUCUCUCUUUUGAAUAGCAAUAUUAGUUAUGUUUACAUGCGCCUGUUUAGAUUGUUUUGUCAACAAGAUUGCUGAUAGGCACACAUCUAUUUUGUUCAUAGUUUUGUGCUAUCUAUCUAUCUAUUAUCCAUCUACACAUGUAGUAUAAAUGAUAGUUUCAUAUGAACCAGCUCUAUUGUUAGCAUUAAUCCUGACUUACAUAUUUUAAAUAUCUGCAGUAGUUAGUCGUGUAUGUGUGUCAUGCACGUAGUGGAGUAUUGCAUAUAUGAUGCAUGCAUAUAGGAGAUUAGAUCUGUCACAGCCAUGUACUUGGUGAUUAGUUGACCGAGUAAUUAGCUUGUGUAGUUAGUUGAGUGCGGCAAGUUAGCAGAUAGUUAGUUGCAUGCAUGGUUAGUUGGACGAGUGGGUCUCGUAAUGCAUGGAGUUAGUGGCUCAUGUAUUCAGGUAGUGCGUGCGUGCGCAUGAAGACCGGCAACAGUUCGUGCAUGUAAGGCUAUUUAAGCCGUGCUCUGAUCCAUUUUCAGUUAAGUGUGUGAGUCACAGAUAAACAGAGAAAAGGGCAUUUGUUGCCGCAAA